AUGAAGAGGAGAGCUGGCCUGGGGGGCAGCAUGAGGUCAGUGGUGGGCUUCCUGUCCCAGCGGGGCUUGCAUGGGGACCCCCUGCUCACUCAGGACUUUCAGAGGAGACGCCUGCGGGGCUGCCGGAACCUCUACAAGAAGGACCUCCUGGGCCACUUCGGCUGUGUCAAUGCCAUUGAAUUCUCCAACAAUGGAGGCCAGUGGCUGGUCUCAGGAGGAGAUGAUCGCCGGGUUCUGCUAUGGCACAUGGAACAAGCUAUCCACUCCAGAGUCAAGCCCAUACAGCUUAAAGGAGAGCAUCAUUCUAACAUUUUCUGCCUGGCUUUCAACAGUGGGAACACCAAAGUAUUCUCUGGAGGAAAUGAUGAGCAAGUUAUCCUCCAUGAUGUUGAAAGCAGCGAGACCUUGGAUGUGUUUGCUCACGAAGAUGCAGUAUAUGGCUUGUCAGUAAGCCCAGUGAAUGACAACAUUUUUGCCAGCUCCUCAGAUGAUGGCCGGGUUCUCAUCUGGGACAUCCGGGAGUCUCCCCAUGGAGAGCCUUUUUGCCUGGCAAACUAUCCAUCAGCCUUUCACAGUGUCAUGUUUAACCCUGUGGAGCCCCGGUUGUUGGCCACAGCUAAUUCAAAGGAAGGAGUGGGACUCUGGGAUAUUCGAAAACCUCAGAGUUCUCUCCUACGCUAUGGUGGCAACCUGUCCCUUCAAAGUGCCAUGAGUGUGCGAUUCAAUAGCAACGGGACUCAGCUCCUGGCCCUGAGGCGUCGCCUGCCCCCUGUGCUGUAUGACAUCCACUCCCGCCUGCCUGUGUUCCAGUUUGACAAUCAGGGUUACUUCAACUCUUGUACCAUGAAAAGCUGCUGUUUUGCAGGAGAUCGUGAUCAGUAUAUCCUUUCAGGAUCUGAUGACUUCAACCUGUACAUGUGGAGAAUUCCUGCAGAUCCAGAAGCAGGUGGCAUUGGUAGAGUGGUCAAUGGAGCCUUCAUGGUGCUGAAAGGGCAUCGGUCUAUUGUUAACCAGGUCCGAUUUAACCCCCACACCUACAUGAUCUGCUCUUCUGGUGUAGAGAAGAUUAUCAAGAUCUGGAGCCCGUACAAGCAGCCAGGAUGUACAGGAGACCUCGACGGUCGGAUUGAGGAUGACUCCCGCUGCCUCUACACCCAUGAAGAGUACAUCAGCCUCGUGCUGAACAGUGGGAGUGGCCUGUCGCACGACUAUGCCAACCAGUCUGUGCAGGAGGACCCCCGGAUGAUGGCCUUCUUUGACUCGCUGGUGCGCCGCGAGAUCGAGGGCUGGAGCUCUGACUCCGACAGCGACCUGAGCGAGAGCACCAUCCUCCAGCUGCACGCGGGGGUCAGCGAGCGCUCGGGCUAUACUGACUCCGAGUCCUCGGCCUCGCUGCCCCGGUCCCCGCCACCCACAGUGGACGAGUCCGCGGACGGCGCCUUCCACCUGGGGCCCCUGCGGGUCACCACCUCCAACACAGUGGCCGCAACUCCUCCGCCUCCCGCUUGCGAGGACUCAACCUCCCGCCAGCAGCGCCUGUCGUCCCUGCGGCGAUACCAGGACAAACGCCUCCUGGCGCUCUCCAAUGAGUCGGACUCUGAAGAAAAUGCCUGUGAGGUUGAACUGGACACGGAUCUCUUCCCCCGGCCUCGGUCUCCCAGCCCCGAAGAUGAGUCCAGCAGCUCCAGCAGCUCUAGCAGCUCCGAGGACGAGGAGGAACUGAACGAACGCCGCACGUCCACCCGGCAGCGGAAUGCCAUGCGGCGCCGGCAAAAGGCGCCCCGAGAAGAGAAGCCCGCUGCGCCGCCCAAGCCCGCCAACACCUACAUUGGAGAAGACAACUAUGAUUAUCCCCAGAUCAAAGUGGAUGACCUCUCCUCCUCCCCCACCUCCUCUCCCGAGCGGAGCGCUUCCGCUCUGGAGAUGCAGCCAGGCCGGGCAUCACCAACUUCAGACAUUGAGUCAGUUGAGCGCAAGAUUUAUAAAGCUUACAAGUGGCUCCGCUACUCCUAUAUCUCCUAUUCAAAUAAGGACGGAGAGAGCUCCCUGGUGUCUGGGGAAGCAGACGAAGGGAGAGCGGGAACCAGUCAUAAGGACAGCCCGGGCCCUUCCUCCAGUAAGGAGACCUGUCUCAACACCUUGGCGGCCCAAAGGAACCAGGACCUACCCCCUGAAGGCCACAGCAAGGAUGCUUUAAAAGAAGGGACUUCCGCUAAAAAUCCCAGCAUUGCCCCAGGCCAUGAGCACAGUGGCCACUCUUGGGCAGAGGCACCAGAGGACACCGCUCAGGACACUAACAAUGGUGGCUCCAUAGAACACUCUUUUGAAACCAAGAAGCUCAAUGGAAAGGCUCUGAGCAAGGCCCUGAGCAGCCGGGCCGAGGAGCCAUCCUCUCCUCCUGUCCCCAAGGCAUCUGGCUCUUCUCUCAACAGUGAGUCUGGCAACUGUCCCAGGACCCAAUCUGACGACAGUGAAGAGAGAAGCCUCGAAACCAUCUGUGCCAACCACAAUAAUGGACGCUUACACCCUCGCCCCCCUCACCCUCACAACAAUGGACAGAACUUUGGGGAGCUGGAAGCAGUGGUCUGCUCUUCUCCAGGACAUUCAGACACUGAGCACAAUUUGUCCCUGACAGGAGGUCUCCUACACAAAGAUUGUUGUGGGUCUGAAAUGGCCUGUGAGACCCCCAUUGCAGGAAUGAGAGAGGACCCUCCUGACCCCCCAGGCAUAGACAGCAGCAGGGCUGUUCAUGGCCAUGGUGGCCUCAAAAGGCACCGAGUCGAAUUGGAAGAUACAGAUUCAGAGAAUUCCUCCUCAGAGAAGAAACUAAAAACAUGA